AGAACGAUCAAUAUUCACAUCCCUACUGUCUGACCUGGUUGACCUGGUUCACUUCAACACCAUGGGGGCUCUCCUCUCGAUUCCUCUCUUGGCCCUUCCCAGCGCCAGCACGCUCAUCACCGUUGCGACAUCAUGUUGUGGUGCUGCGACGUGCUCGGCGGUGUGUAGCGCAUGUGGGAAGUUUCAGAACAGCAUGGCCACGAGAAUCGCAUAUGCGUUCAUCCUACUCAUCAACUCGAUCAUAUCCUGGAUCAUGCUCACCCCGUGGGCCCUGAAAAAGUUACAGAACAUGACGUUGGAUUACAUGGAAAUCAAAUGCGACGGGAAAGAAUGCCACGGUUGGGUCGCCGUCCAUCGCAUCAACUUCGCUUUGGGUCUCUUCCAUCUGAUCCUCGCGUUCAUGCUCCUGGGGGUCCGAUCGACCAGGAACGGUCGGGCGGCUCUACAGAACGGCUUCUGGGGCCCCAAGGUCGUUCUGUGGAUCCUCCUGGUCGUCGCCUCGUUCUUCAUUCCUGAACAGUUCUUCUUCGUCUACGGCACCUACAUUGCGUUCCUGUGCGCCAUGCUCUUCCUCCUGCUGGGCUUGAUCCUGUUGGUGGACCUGGCCCAUUCGUGGGCCGAGCUCUGUCUGCAGAAGAUCGAGGACAGCGGGUCGGGUCUCUGGCGGGGCUUGCUGAUCGGCUCCACGGUGGGAAUGUACGUUUCGUCGCUCGUGAUGACGAUUUUGAUGUAUAUCUUCUUCGCGCGCAGCCAGUGCCACAUGAACCAGGCAGCAAUCACGAUCAAUCUGGUCGUAUUCUUAAUCACCUCCUUCGUGUCGGUCCAACCCGUCGUCCAGGAGGCCAACCCCCGGGCGGGAUUGGCACAGGCCGCGAUGGUGACUGCAUACUGCACAUACUUGACCAUGUCGGCGGUGUCGAUGGAACCCGAUGACAACAGCUGCAACCCGUUGAUCCGCGCGCGCGGCACGAGAACGGCGACGAUUGUGCUGGGCGCGAUCGUCACCAUGGCCACCAUCGCGUACACGACGACCCGUGCGGCGACCCAGGGUAUUGCGCUAGGGUCCAAGGGCGGACACGGUUACUCCGCCGUCGGGACGGACGACAACGAGCAUGGUUUGGUGACCCAGCAGCCGACCGCUCGCCGGGAGAUGCGCGCCGAGGUUCUGCGGCGAGCCGUCGCCAGCGGCAGUCUCCCCGCCAGCGCGUUGGACGAAGACAGCGACGACGAGUCGGACGAUGGCCAGGAUCGGGAUGACGAGCGGGGAUCGACCCAGUACAACUACUCCCUGUUCCACGUGAUCUUCUUCUUGGCCACAACCUGGGUGGCGACCUUGCUGACCCAGAACCUGGACCCGGACACGGUGGACGACUUUGCGCCGGUGGGCCGGACCUACUGGGCCAGUUGGGUGAAGAUCAUCAGCGCAUGGGUCUGCUAUGCGAUCUACCUGUGGACCUUGGUUGCCCCGGUUGUUCUGCCCGAUCGUUUUGAUACCUAUUAGUAUUGACCUCUAGAGCUGGUCGAUCCGGAUUCCUGUAAUUAUGGUUCCUGGAGUUGGGGUUGUGCGAUGGUCGCACAUUCGGUCGUUUCCAUUAGCAUGUCUUUUUAGUUUUUUAGAAUGUUGCAACCGAAUUUUACAGACGCAGCGAUUCUGUCUGUACUCAUGAUACUAUACUAUCC